CACAAUACUGGUUGCUACGCCAAAUAGCUACCUAACUAGGUACUAUUUCUGGCCCGUUCGGUUGAAGAAGCUGAUUAAUUAACUACCCAGGUAGCUAUUAAAUGUUACGCCAUAGCGGAAUUUGGGACUCUUUGACAAAUCUCCUCGACAUGAUGCUCGCGCGACGGGUGUUGUUUCUUGUGUAUAAAGACUAUGUCUGGGUCGACUGUCUGGAAACAAUGUAGAUACUCGUUAAGCAUCGAAUCGAUCCGAGAAGUCAUCUGUCGUCUACUCAUCUUCUCACAGCUUAGUUACCUAAUUCAUUUAUUCAUUUUUUUAAAAAAAAAUACAAUACAUUAGGUUCCUACCUACAUACCUAUAUAUCUCCAAGCCACCAUAACCAUCCAUCCAUCACCAUGAGCUUCCAAUACACCAAAACCCAGCACACCACCCCCUACCCGUCCAUCUCCCCCACCCUCCCCUCCCUCGCCUCGCCCCCCACCCGAUCCGUCCUCAUCGUCGGCGGCUCCACCGGCAUCGGCAAGGCCACGGCGCUCGCCUUCCUGGCCUCGGGAUCGCGGCGCAUCGCCCUGCUCGCGCGCCGGCAGCCGGUCCUCGACGCCACCGCGGCCGCGCUCCGCGCGCAGUACCCGGACGCGCGCGUCGUCGCGUGCGCGGCCGACGUCGCCGACGAGCACGCCGUGGACGCGGCGUUUGCGAAGGCCAGGCGCGAGCUCGGCGCUGCCCCCGGCGGGCUGGACGUCGUGGUCAACGCCGCGGGCGUGGCCCCGCCGCUGAAGACGCUCGCCCAGAGCGACGUGGGCGGCGCGUGGUGGCGCGGAUUCGAGACGAAUGUGCGGGGCGCGGCGGUCGUCGCGCGGGCGGCGGCCAAGCACGCUGUUGCUGCGGACAACGGCGACGGUGACGGUGAUGGUGCCGUGCUCUUGUACCUGGGCACGGCGGGCGCGCUGUUCCCGGCCAACGCGGCGUUCCCGGCGUCCGGGUACGCGGCUAGCAAACUGGCGGGGGUGAAGGUGAUGGAGUACUUCGGCGCGGAGAACCCCGGGGUCAGGGUUAUUAGCGUGCAUCCGGGAGUGGUGACGGAGACGGAGGGGGGGAAGAAGAUGGUGGAGGAGUCGGGGAUGGAGUGGCCGGGUGAUGAUAUUAACCUACCGGCUCAUUUCCUCGUCUGGGCCGCGAGCAAAGAGGCCGAGUUCCUGAAGAACAAGUUUGUGUUUGCUGCGUGGGACGUCGAUGAGUUGAAGGCGAGGAAGGACGAGAUCGCCCAGUCGCCCGAGUUGAUUAUUGGGCUUAAUGGACUCCCUCGUAACGUUUAGGGGGUGGGUGGUAUAACAUUGCUAUGGUAUAACAUGUCUCUUGGUUCCCUUCUAGAAAGAUAGCUCGCCAAACAAGGUGCCUAACCUAAGGUACCUGAGAAACUGAAUGUCAAUCGCUCAAUAUA